AGAGAAAUCAGAACCCUAAGCGAGAGAAAAAUCAUGUCAUCGUCGGAAAUAAUGGCGUCAGAGAAUGGCAAGGUGAUCAUGGUCAAUGAUUUUGUAAGGUUGUCGAAUGAGUUCUUUGGGGAUGGUUGGGAACCGACUCAGGAGAUGUUGGCCAGCAGCGCGAAAGAAGCUCUGAAUGAAAUCGCCGGCGAUGAUUGGGAACUCCGUCAUCGUUGCAUCAAUAGAGCUUUGGCUAACUUGAGGGUUGUACACGAGUUUAGGAAGCAGAUCAACCGUAACAAAAAGGCUGCUGAGGAAGCAGCUAGCGGAGUUACCUCAUCGAACUCGUCGAAUUUUGUGUUAGCUUGCUCCGGUUCGAAUCAUGUAGUCGUUGAUCGGAGAAGAAGAAUCAUGAUCUUUGGUUCGAGUUUCUCGCUCGCGUCGUCUCUGAUUGGUUUCAAUCAACAGAGAUUUCCGAUGGAAUCUGCGAUCGCAUUGGAGCAAUUGAAAGAAAAAGAAGAUGAGCUUGAGGAAGAAGAAGAGAGAAAUGUCAAUCUCUUCCAGAAAACUUCUCCGUCUGUUGUCUACAUAGAAGCCAUUGAGCUGCCUAAAACGUCUUCUGGUGAAUUUAGUGAUGAGGAAAAUGCAAAGAUAGAAGGGACAGGGUCAGGCUUCGUGUGGGAUAAGCUUGGUCACAUUGUGACAAAUUAUCAUGUCAUUGCCAAGUUAGCUACAGAUCAGAUUGGAUUACAACGUUGUAAGGUUUCUCUAGUUGAUGCUACGGGAACAAGAUUUAGCAAGGAAGGGAAAAUUGUGGGUCUUGAUCCAGAUAAUGAUCUAGCUGUGUUGAAGAUUGAAACCGAGGGUCGCGAAUUAAAACCUGUUGUUCUCGGUACCUCUAAUGACUUACGCGUAGGUCAAAGUUGUUACGCGAUUGGGAAUCCGUAUGGAUAUGAAAACACCUUGACAAUUGGGGUAGUGAGUGGAUUGGGAAGAGAGAUACCUUCACCUAAUGGUAAGAGUAUUCGAGAAGCUAUACAAACCGAUGCUGAUAUUAACUCAGGCAAUUCGGGAGGGCCGUUGCUUGAUUCUUAUGGCCAUACCAUAGGCGUGAACACUGCCACAUUCACCCGAAAAGGGAGUGGUAUGUCUUCUGGUGUGAACUUUGCUAUUCCCAUAAACACCGUUGUCCGAACAGUACCCUACCUCAUUGUGUAUGGAACAGCUUACAGAGACAGAUUCUGAAGAAAAACAAACAUCUUCUUUUGCAUUUUUUCUAUUGUUUGUUGAUAAUACAAUUUGAAAAGUUUC